AACAAAGUUUAAUAAUAGAAAUUAGAAACUGAGAAAAAAUAAAAAUUAGAAAAUGGAGAAAGAAAAGUAACAACAGAAGACAAAGAACAGAGUGUCAUUAAUGUUCAGCUCUGUCAUACAGACCCAUCUCAAAAAUCAGGUUAUGAAGUUGUUGCUGUGUUGUUUGUGGUGAGAAAAGAACAAUUUUUCAUAGGUUUUUUGUUCUGUGAUGAUGGCACAAAACUUAAUGGGACAACUUGUUGGUUCUGAGAUACAUGGGUUUCAUACUUUGAGAGACUUGGAUGUUGGUGAAACCUUGGAGGAAGCAAAAAGCAGAUGGCUUCGUCCGAACGAGAUUCAAGCCAUACUCAGCAAUCACAAAUAUUUUACUAUCCAUGUCAAGCCAUUGCAUUUGCCGAAAAGUGGUACUGUUGUACUAUUUGACCGCAAGAUGCUUAGGAACUUUCGAAAAGAUGGCCACAACUGGAAAAAGAAAAAUGAUGGGAAAACUGUUAAAGAAGCUCAUGAGCAUUUAAAAGUUGGUAAUGAAGAGAGGAUCCACGUAUAUUAUGCACACGGCCAAGAUAACCCAAGCUUUGUUCGAAGAUGUUAUUGGUUGCUUGAUAAGAGUUUGGAGCACAUAGUCCUUGUUCAUUAUCGUGAAACACAAGAGUCUCAAGGUUCUCCUGUUACACCGGUGAAUUCAAAUUCGAGUUCUACUGCUGAUCCAACUACACCGUGGAUUCUAUCAGAAGACUUAGAUUCUGGAACCAACAGUGCUUAUACUAAUGGGCUCAAUGGGAAUUCAACCGUCGAAAGUCAUGAACAGAAGCUUCACGAGCUUAAUACACUUGAUUGGGAUGAUUUGGUGGCUUCUAAUGCUAAUACUCCCACUAUACAUAAUGGAGGCAAUGAACCGGCUUUCUAUCAACUAAAUCAAAGCUUACUAAAUGGAAGCUUUGGCAAUGUUCCUUCGUUUAGCAAUCCAACUCCGCCUGAGUCUGGGAUUAGUCAUGUUUCUUACAGUUUUCCAGAAAGUGUUAACCUUCAGAAUAAUCAUCCUCUGACUUUUGGCGGUGUUGAUUCCGUGGAGGACACUUUAGUCAAUGAAGGUUUGCAAAAUCAGAACAGCUUUGGAACGUGGAUGAACAAUGCCAUAACUGAUACAACAUGUUCCGUAGAGGCGUCGGCUCUUGAAUCAUCAAUUCCUUCAUCUGUUCAUGAUCCAUUUUCAUCCCUGCUGAUGGAUAAUAAUCAGCAAUCUUCUCUACCAGAUCAAGUAUUUCAUCUUACUGAGGUGGCUCCUGCAUGGGCUUCUUCCACUGAGAAAACAAAGGUCCUGGUAACUGGAUAUUUUCACAAUGAUUAUCGACAUCUUGCAAAGGCCAAUCUAGUGGGCAUCUGCGGCGAAACAAGUGUUCCUGUAGAAAUUGUUCAGGUUGGAGUUUACCGUUGCUGGGUAUCACCGCAAUCUCCUGGAUUUGUAAAUCUUUUUUUGAGCUUUGAUGGUCAUAAACCUAUCAGUCAAGUUGUUAAUUUUGAGUUUCGAACUCCUAUUUUGCACGAUCCUGCUGCUUCAAUGGAAGAGACAUACAACUGGAUUGAGUUUCGACUUCAGACGAGGCUUUCUAAUUUGCUUUUUACAACACCAAAGACCAUUGAUGUUUUCUCUAGUAAAGUUUCACCUACUGCACUGAAAGAGACUAAAAAGUUUGCCUCCAAAACAUUAUUUAUUUCCAAAAGUUUGAAACACUUUAUGAAGUCGUCUGACGCAAAUGCAAUUCCAUAUCCACAUGCAAAAAAUACCUUGUUUGAAAUUGCGUUGAAAAACAAACUAAGAGAAUGGCUUUUGGAACGAAUUGUCUUAGGAUCCAAGGUUACUGAGUAUGAUGCACAAGGCCAAGGUGUACUUCAUUUGUGUACACUUUUGGGAUAUACUUGGGCUAUUGCUUUGUUUUCAUGGGCAGGCCUGUCGCUUGAUUUCCGUGACAAAUUUGGAUGGACAGCUCUUCAUUGGGCAGCAUAUAAUGGAAUGGAGAAAAUGGUUGCAACUCUGCUGUCUAGUGGGGCAAAGCCCAAUUUGGUCACAGAUCCAACUCCACAAAAUCCUGGUGGCUGUACUGCUGCUGAUCUUGCUUAUAUGAGGGGCUAUGAUGGUUUAGCGGCUUAUCUUUCUGAAAAGGGUCUGGUUGAGCAGUUCAAUGACAUGAGCUUAGCUGGAAAUAUCAGUGGUUCACUCGAUACCUCGACAAAUGAUCCAGUAAAUCCUGAGAACCUUACCGAGGACCAGAUGCACCUAAAGGAUACAUUGGCAGCUUACCGAACAACAGCUGAGGCAGCAGCACGCAUACAAGCUGCGUUUAGAGAGCACUCGCUGAAAUUGCGAUAUCAGUCGGUUCAAUUUCUUAGCCCAGAGGAGGAAGCGCGCCAAAUAGUAGCAGCAAUGAAGAUUCAACAUGCCUUUCGCAACUUUGAGACAAGAAAAGCGAUGGCAGCCGCUGCUCGGAUCCAGUAUAAAUUCCGUUCAUGGAAGCUGCGUAGAGAGUUUCUCAACAUGCGACGUCAGGCUAUUAAAAUUCAAGCUGCAUUUAGGGGAUUUCAAAUGCGUAGGGAUUACCGUAAGAUUCUAUGGUCGGUUGGAAUUCUUGAGAAAGUAAUCCUGCGUUGGCGUUUAAAGAGAAAAGGUUUCCGCGGGCUUGAGGUGAAUCCCGAUGAAGACAUGAAAGAUGAGAAGCAGGAAAGCGAUGUAGAGGAGGAUUUCUUUAAGACCGGUAGGAAACAAGCAGAGGAACGUGUUGAGAGAUCCGUGGUACGCGUACAAGCCAUGUUCCGUUCUAAGAAAGCGCAACAAGAGUAUAGCAGGAUGAAGAUGGCACAUAGUCAAGCAAAGUUGGAACUUGAAUUAGAAGAACUCAUCAAUUCUGAUGUGGACAUGUCAACACCAAAGACAUCAUAGGUUCCUAUGAAAGGUUUAUGUUUGUAAGAUGCAUCCAACUCCUUUAGACUUGUGUCAUGUAACAAACUAGUGACUUUUUUUGUUUGUUUUUUGUAUAGCAUGUAGAUCUUGUAAAUUCCAUAGUCUGUAAAUUGUACUCAUGAUGACCCUUUCAAAUUGCUUUAAUAUCUUGAAAUGGGUCAUCUUUGAAACUUUCAUGCUUAAUUAAGAUGUUAGGUGGAUGCUUCUAAUGCAACAUGGAGUGUGUAACUUAAAUGAUGAUAAGGCCUUUGAUGUAAUUAUUAGACAUAAUUGUUGUUAGAACUGUUAUGUAUUAAUAAAGUUUCAACUAUUUAAUGAGUGAUUAAUAUCUCUCCA